UUAAAGUGCCAUGUGUUAGUGGGUCUGUGUAGAACCUCAGUUGGUCUUGAGAUGGAAUGAUAGAGGCCUAGGUUGCCAUGGAGACCGCCCUGCAGCACAGCAACAGCAGCGCCACGGUACUUCCUGCCAGUGGAGCACUGAGCCGAGCGGGUCAUACAGCAGCAGCAGUGGCAUUGGGCCUCAUUCUGUUCCUGGGCUUCUUGGCUAACUUCUUGGUGCUAGUGGUGUUUGCGCGCUUCCCAGCGCUGCGCACGCCAUCCAAUCUGCUGCUGGUCAACAUCAGCACCAGCGACAUGCUCGUCUGCGUCUUCGGGACGCCGCUCAGUUUGGCGGCCAGUGUGAGGGGACGGUUGCUGAGCGGGUCGGCCGAGUGCCGCUGGUAUGCUUUCUCCAACGCUCUCUUUGGCAUGGUGUCUCUUGUUUCUCUGUCUCUGCUGUCCUUGGAGCGGUACUGGGUGGCACGCUGCAGCACCCGCCCUGGCUCCUCUCCAUACCGCAGGGCCCGGCUCGCUGUGGCAGCUUCGUGGUUCUACUCAUUGGUGUGGACGGUGCCACCUCUGCUGGGCUGGAGCAGCUAUGGACCAGAGGGUGCCGGCACCACGUGUUCGGUCCAGUGGGGCGAGCGCUCGGGCUGGGCUCGCUCCUAUGUGCUGUGCUUGUUUGUGUUCUGCCUUCUUCUACCGUUGGGCCUGAUGAUUUUCUGCUAUGGUUCCAUCCUGGUGGCCGUACGGGCGCUGGACACACGGGUCGCUGGGACUGGCCCAUACUCGGCUGAAAGGAGGGAGGGACGUGUGCUGCUGCUGGUGGUUGCCAUGGUGACGGCCUACUUGCUGUGCUGGACACCUUACGCCAUCGUGGCAAUGCUCUCAUCAUUUGGACGUGUUCGAGCGGUGCCGCCCGCUGCUGUUUUGAUCCCAUCGCUGCUGGCGAAGAGCAGCACGGUGCUGAACCCGCUUGUUUACAUCACUGUCAACCAUCAGUUCUCCAGGUGCUUCUGGUACAUGACUGGAUGCAACACAGAGGCCCCACCCACUGCAGGCCGCCACAACCUUCCAGUCAGUGAGAAUGUGCCACCUCCAGCUGCCUGCUCGACCACACAAUGA